CGUCCCUUCCUCUUGUUCCCUCUUCCCCUCCCUCCACUUUGUUCAAUUCUUUUCCAAUUUUUCUACACCUCGCUUCAUAGCCCGUUAUGUCCAGCACGGUCCGUGCGCUGUGGUCCAGCCUUUCCCACGGCGAGUCUGACAUAAGCCCCACUUGGCCUCGUUGAUUCGCCCUUCAUCAUCAACGCCCCAGCUCCCAUUAAACGCCCUUCAAAUUCAAGGUUUUACCACUCUGUUCUUGGUUAUUUUCGAAACGGUCUAAUGGCGCAAACGAUGACGAUCAUGGGGGACAUGGGGGAACAGACGCAGAGUGAUAUGUCGGUUUAUUAUCAGCCCCCUCCGGAACCAGAGAACGAUGCCCAGGUUACUGGCGGCUUACCGAUUAACCUUGAUUCGUUGAGAGAUGGGCCACCGGGGACGAAACCGUUCUAUCCGUAUUCAACGCUGAUUCGGUAUGCCAUCAAAGGGUCGCCCAACCAACGAUUGCUCUUGGAAGAUAUUUACUACGCUAUUGAGUCCAGGUUUCCCUACUUCCGCUCCGCGCCAAAUGGCUGGAAAAACUCAGUCCGACACAACCUCUCGCUGAAUCCGUGCUUUGAGAAAGUGCCCCGUCCGCUUACUGACCGAGGCAAGGGCUCUUACUGGACGGUCAACGAGAACGUCGAUCCACGUACUGGUGUGCAUCGAGUGAGGAAGAAAUACAACAAGAAGGGAGGCAAAGGGCGCAGCUCGGAGGAAGUUCAGGAUAUGGAGAAUCAUACUACCGAGACCUAUGAGGAUCCUAAUGCCCAAUAUGUUUCGCCCGAGGGAGAGGCCACUCAGCAAACACAAACACCUUUUCCUCAGGCUUAUCCUCCUCCCCCUCCAUUUGACCCCAACUUUAUGCUUGGUAUUCCGCCGCCCGUUCAAAUUCCAGGACCCAUGCCAAUAUUAACCGACGAAAACAUGGAACUUGAUGAACACGGCAACGUUAAUUGGUACCAUGCUUGGAUCAAGGAGAUUGGCCAUCUGCAGGCCGUUACAACGGAGCAGGAGAAGGCUGGUGCUGACCAAGAAUGGUACAGGAUGAUGCUGUUCCGAGUAAGGACGGCUCUUAUGCCUCCACCGAUGCUGACUGAGCUCCCCCCACACAUGGUUCCUCAGCAACCUCCUACUGAUGGGCAAUAAAUGUCCUUCGGACUUUAGUUUUAUUUCCCCGUUAUCGAGAUGUAUAAUACCGGCCAUUGUAUUCGUUAUACUUACAAGCAUAAUACUCCGAUUAUGAUGGAGGUGGGCAAUCUGACUGAUCGGUUAGGAUUUUCCCACGGGUCUUAAAGCCCGGACAAUAUUUUCGACGUUGACCCAGUCGAUUUCAAGACCAUCCGUACAUUAAAACUUUUACUUUUGGUGGGAAAAUAUAUGCUAUAUUUGAUGAUGCUUAAACUCUUUGUCUUUGUUGCUCAAAAAAUGGUCUCGAAUAUAUAAAAGCAGUAUAUCUGAGCUAUUUUUUAUAGGGAAUCAUUUUGUUCAUGUCAAAAUUGACAGUUCUGUUACAAAGAAGUUGUAGUAGAUUAGAAAAUAUUAAC